UGGCACCAGGUUUAAGGCUCCCCAGAAGCAGGGUACGGGGGGGUCACGCUAGUGGAAACGGGUCGCAGGCCCCAGCUGUGGAGGGUAAAAGAGGGAAUGCAGCCGGUGUAUGUAGGGUGCAGAAGGCGACCCCACGAUUUAGUGCUACAGCAGAACUUCGGAGUUAUGGACACCUUGGGAGUGGAGGCUUGUUUGUCAUUCGGAAAUGUUCCGACCUCUGAACAAGACGUUAUGGUUUUUCUUUCAACAGUUUACACUUAAACAUUGGUUUAAGCUUUGAAACUUGAAUAUGCAGAAGAAAAUGUGCCUUUUAACCAUUUUCAUUCAAAUGAAAUGAGCACAGAAAGUUUCUUUACCUUGGAAGCAAUGUUUUAAACUUUCCCUUUAUGAUGUUGUAUGUGUGUGUCUGUCGUCAUCGUCUGCUGCUGCUGCUUGAUUACAUGGUUCCUAAUGAGAUGGGAAAUUGUUGUCAGAUGAUGUGACUCAUUAUGUUGUCCCUGACUGGAAGAUUGUUCAAGAUUACCUUGAGAUUCUUGAGUGUCCAGAGCUGAAGGGUAUUAUCUUCAUGCAAACAGCAUGUCAAGCUGUGCAUCAUCAAAGGGGUCGCAGACAGUACAACAGAUUGCGAAAUCUAAUGAAGGAUGCGCGUCAUGACUGUAUUCUGUUUGCUAAUGAAUUCCAGCAGUAUUGUUAUUUGCCAAGAGAGAGAGGAGAAUCAAUGGAGAAAUGGCAGACCAGGAGUAUUUACAAUGCAGCAGUAUGGUAUUAUAAUCACUGCUUGGGUCAGCUGCCGGUUGUUAUGGUAACAGAAGAUGAAGAUGCUAUCAGAGAAUAUGGAGGUGAAACGGAAGGAGUGUUUGUGAUUUCAUUCAAGAAUUACUUGGAUAAUUUUUGGCCCGACUUAAAAGCUGUCCAUGAACUCUGCGAUUCUAUACUUCAAUCUCGGCGUGAACGAGAGUGUGAAAGCCAAGAAAACAAUGGGAAGGAAUACCCUGAACAUCUUCCUACGGAAGUAUUGGAGGCUGGGAUCAAAUCUGGACGAUAUAUACAAGGUGUCCUGAAUGUCAAUAAGCACAGAGCACAAAUGGAAGCUUUUGUUCGACUUCAAGGAGCCAGUGGUAAAGAAACAGAUCUCCAAAGUGAUAUACUUAUUCAUGGUACCAAAGCUCGGAACCGUGCAAUCCAUGGUGAUGUAGUAGCUGUAGAGUUGUUACUCCAGCAUGAAUGGAAAGGAAGAACUGCUUCCCUUUGUGAGAAUGAUACUGAAGAAAAGGCACCAGGUGACACCUGCAGUGAACCUAUGCCCACAGGUAGAGUUGUUGGAAUCAUUCAGAAGAACUGGCGAGAUUAUGUGGUCACUUUUCCAUCCAAAGAAGAGAGUCAGUCUCAGGGUAAAAAUGCCCAGAAAAUUCUUGUUACACCUUGGGAUUACAGAAUUCCUAAAAUCAGGAUCAGUACACAGCAGGCUGAGGCACUACAGGACUGUAGAGUUAUUGUGCGUAUUGAUUCCUGGGAUUCAACAUCUGUGUAUCCAAAUGGACAUUUUGUACGAGUUUUAGGACGGAUAGGAGAUCUCGAAGGGGAAACUGCAGUUAUUCUAGUGGAGAACAGCAUUUCUGUUGCCCCUUUCUCAGAAGUCCAGAUGUGUGAGAUGCCUUCCAGUACCUCAGAGAAUCCAUGGAAUGUGAAUCCAGAGGAGGAACCAAAACGCAUAGACUUGAGGAAUACGCAUUUGAUAUUCAGCAUUGACCCCAAAGGCUGUGAAGAUGUGGAUGAUGCACUGUCCAUUAGAACAUUAGCCAAUGGGAACCUAGAGCUAGGUGUCCACAUUGCAGAUGUAACCCACUUUGUGGCAAUAAAUUCUUACACUGACAUUGAGGCCAGAGCAAGGGCAACAACGUAUUAUUUAGCUGACCGUCGUUAUGAUAUGCUGCCUUCCAUCCUGAGUGCUGAUUUAUGCUCUCUUCUUAGCAGAGUUGAAAGGUAUGCUGUCAGUGUCAUGUGGGAGCUAGAUAAAAAGUCAUAUGAAAUCCUGAGAGUCUGGUACAACAGAACCAUCAUUCAGUCUUCAUACAAAUUGGUCUACGAGGUAGCUCAGGGAUUAUUAGAUGGUGACCUAAGUGUUGUUGAUGAUAUCCUAGAACUCAAAGAACUGGAUGAGAGAACUAGACAACAGAAGCUGGAAGAACUGGUCUGGGCAAUAGGAAAACUGACUGAUAUAGCUCGAUGUGUUCGGGCUAAACGUGACAGUUGUGGCGCUCUAGAGCUGGAAGGAAUAGAAAUAAGAGUGCAGCUGGAUGAUAAAAAGAACAUUCAUGAUCUCAUUCCUAAACAGCCGCUGGAGGUGCAUGAGACUGUUGCUGAAUGUAUGAUCCUUGCUAACCACUGGGUGGCAAAGAUGAUUUGGGAGAGCUUUCCUCACCAUGCUUUGCUGCGCCAACACCCUCCACCACGACAAGAAUUUUUUUCUGAGCUCCGAGAAUGCGCGAGUGCCAAAGGCUUUUCCAUAGACACACGGUCUAAUAAAGCACUGGCUGAUUCUCUGAGUAAAGCAGAUGAUCCCUUAGAUCCAACUGUGAAUAAAUUACUGCGGUCCAUGGCUACUCAGGCGAUGUCUAAUGCACAGUACUUCUCGACUGGUUCGUGCCCCGAAGAAGAGUUCCAUCAUUAUGGACUUGCCCUAGAUAAAUAUACGCAUUUUACUUCUCCAAUUAGAAGAUAUGCUGAUAUUGUUGUCCACAGACUGCUAAUGGCUGCCACUUUAAAAGAUACUAAAGUAGAUGUUACGGCUAAUUUGUUCAGCAGCAAAGAUCUUGAGGAAUUGUGUAGACACAUCAACAACAGAAACAGGGCUGCACAACAUGCCCAGAAACAGUCUACGGAGCUUUUUCAGUGUAUGUAUUUCAAAGACAAAGUCUCUGAAAGAGAUGAGCGCUGUACAGCAGAUGGUGUUAUUUACUCCAUUCGAACAAAUGGGGUACUUGUUUUUGUACCAAGGUAUGGUAUUAAAGGUGCUGCUUAUCUGAAAAACAAGGAGGGUUUGGUCAUCUCCUGUCAGUCUGAUGGCAGUUGUGUAUGGAAGCCUGGUUCUCUUCAGCGUUUUCAGAACAGAAUUACUUCCACAACAGUUGCUGGAGAAUCUGUUACAUUGAGUCUGUUUGACCAUAUAACAGUAAGUCUUAAUAAAUUCACUAAGGGAAGUACCAGAGCACAAAUGAGGGGAAAAAUAACAUUGUGUACUUUUGUUUCUAAGGUAAAAAUAUCUGUUCAGAGUUCACGCUGCCAUCCUGACACCAUCAAGCUUGAAAUAAUUAGCAACAUACCUUACAAGAAUACAGCCACAGAGCUUUACCAGAAGAAUUCCCACGUAUUGAAAGCUGACUUAGUAAAAGAAGUAACCAGAUCUGCUGAGGAAGCUCAACUUGCCCAGGAAAAACAAAACGUUGAAGUAAUUCGGGAAGAAUAUCAGGAGUAUUGCCAAACAAAGGGAGUUAGCUUGUACCAACUGCUUGAGGAAAUUAGAGACUUAGCUCUACUGGAUGUUUCAGCUGGUAACCGAGCAUGAACUAAUAUUUGGCACUGCUCUACUUAAGCAGCUUUGCACAAUUUUAAAUUGUGUUAGCUGAUAAAUCAUUUUUAAUGUUUUCUGCUUUUGCUAAUUUGAACUAUACCUCAACUAAAAUUUAACACUGAUUUUUAAAGUGAAACAGGCAGAGCCAACUUAAGAUGUUUUAUACAUGGUUAACUACUGUAUUCUUACUGAAAGACUGAAGAUUGUAUUGUGGUAAACUACUUAAGAUGUCUUUUUAAAAAAAAAUCUGAUCUUGAUAAAAAAAGGUGACUGGACAUUGUUAUUUCUAAACUAGAUUUGUAGAGAAUCUAAAUAUAUUUGCAUAACCAAUACUGCAGUGAUGUAAGCCAGAACACCAGUAAUCUUGCCCCUUCAGUUUUUAUCAAAUUAAUUCAAUUUUAAAUACUUCAAUUCCACAGCUCUAUUUACAUUAAACCAGAAUGAAGCAGUUCAGCUCCACCCUUUAUAUGCUUACUACACAAAGUGCACUUUAAAAAACAAGGCUGCCUAAAAUUACAUCACACUUCCAGGCCUUAUUCCGAGAUUAUCAAGAUAAUUAUGGGUGGUUUUUACUGGCCUCUAACUCAAUUACUGCAUAAACAAAAAAAUUGUUACUGGUACAUGUAGUUUUAACCUGAUUACUGGAACCUCUGGGGCUAGUUAUAACAUACUAAUGGAAGGGAGAUUGUAGGAGAACCUUGCUUCCACUACCAAAAUUACUAUGAAGCUAAAUGUAAUGUUUGACUUCAAUGAAGCAUGAAAGGAUUGUUAUCUGAAGAAAAUUUCUUUGAGGAGGUGUUCAGAGGCAGAAAAGGAAGCUUAAAUAUUUAAUUCCUACAGAGUCAGUUUCACUUCAACUUUCCUGUAUUAGUAUACUACCACAACUCAAAAAAAACCUAUUCUAACUUGAUUUUCAAUGAAGUUUUUUGAGUGUUUAGUUCUUACUCCCCUCCCUAAAAGAAAAAUUAAAGUGAGUUUAUAUAGUCUGACCUUGCCCCUUCAACAGAAACAACUUCCCAUAAAAUAGGGGAAUAAAUACAUAGCACUUGUUGCAGGAGAAAAAAAUCCUAUAAAAAGAUAACCAGAAUUAUCAGAUUUGUUGAUGAAUAGCUAAGUCCACUAUGAGAUACCACAGAACAUGAACAAUUAUACAUCUGAAGCUACUUAAAUUUCCUGUCAUGUGAUUUUCUCAUGACUUAAGCAACAAUGAGUAGAAUAUGUUUAGAGUGCAUUUGAUUGACAAAUUUGUGCCAUCAAUGAUAUGUAGAGAAUAUUUUUCAAAUUUGGUUUCCAAAAUUUAAUAACUUUCAAGGUGCUGUAUAAAAUAAUUUACUAAAAUAAGCAUUUCAUAACAUGAAGUAUUGUUACAAAAUGCUACAGAACACUUAAGACAGGGUGGAUGUUCAUACUAAGCAAGAAGUUCCUGAUACUGAACCAUCACUUAUGGUCUAUUAAAAAAAAAAAUUUUAAACAGGAUGUAAAAAACUUUAUACAAGCCCAGGCUUUCAAGACCCACGCAAGUUAAGCUUGAGGAAUGUCAAUCGUAAAA